AUGGCGUGGCGACGGCGGGCGUCGGGGCGCGCGUGCCCGACGCUGCUGGUGCAGGAGCUGAUUCGCGCACGCCGCGACCCGAGGCAGCCCACCCGAGCACCAGCGCCUCACCGGAGACGUGGGCGUGGGCGUGCAGGCCCCUGGCUGGCGCGCCGGCGCAGGGGGCCGGGAGCGACGCGCGCGCCGCUCGCGGACGAACGCACGCCCUCCGGGCGCUCGUGGCUCGCCCGGCUGCCCUACUUCAUCGUCAUCGUCAGCGCCCUCGAGUUUUUAUCACUCUUCCACGUUUCUCAUCCUAACGUGUAG